AUGUCAAUUUUACUAAAAUCUGACUCUGAUUCUGGUUCUUCUAGCUCAGAUGUAUCGGAUGAUGCUAAUUCGAUAAUUGAAGAAGAAACACAAGUCAAACCAAUAGUACCUUUAACUACCUCAGUUGUUAUUGAUAAAUUGCCAAUUGAGCAACAAUCAAAGCUCAGUAAAACUUUGGAACAUCCUGGAGCUACAAAAGCAGAAAAAGUCACAAUUAGAUUUCAGGCAAUAGGUUCAACUCCUAGUAUUACGCCUAGGAUAUUUAUGAUAUCUUCUACCCAAACUGUCUCAACUUUGAUGAAGUUUUUGAUAAAGAAGCUCAGAAUUAAGAACAACACUAUAUACUUGUACAUACAAAAUUCAUUUCAGCCGACGCCAGAUGAAGUUAUAGGAGAUCUAUUUCUGUUAUUCAAAACUAAUAAUGAACUUGUGAUAAGCUAUUGCAAGACAAUAGCUUUCGGAUAA